AUCUAAAUAUCCACAAUUAGAAGAGGAACUUUUAGAGUGGCUUUGUGAGUUACAAAAACAACUUAAAACUGUAACCAGACUUAUAAUUAGUGCAAAAGCUUGCAAUUUGGCUUUAAAACAAGAAUACUAUACUCUAUAUUCUAAUAUUCCUGAAUGUCAAUUUACAUGA